AUGCUUCCUCUGCCUCCCUUUGAUCUCAAAGAUGUUCAGCAAAAGCUCGCCACGCAUUUCAGGCCUUGGCAACGCUCCUUUCAGUUCUGGGCUCGAGCUGUUGAUAUCUACACUGGCUACAAGGUGUUUCAGCUUCGAGUGAUUUUGGUGAAGGAUGUGAAGAAACAAGAGGAAAUGUGGGAAAGGCAGCAUGAAGUUGCCGCUGAGAAGAUAUAUGCUAUGUGCUCAGACCUCGGCGGUUUCUUCCUCAAGGUUGCCCAAAUUAUCGGGAAGCCCGAUUUGGCCCCAGCGGCAUGGGUGAAAAGGCUUGUUACGUUGUGUGAUCAUGCUCCUGCAACCCCAUUUGAUGCUGUUCAGCUUAUGCUGGAGAUGGAGUUGGGUCGAAAUGUUGGUGAGGUGUUUGAAAGAUUCGAUGUGGAUCCUAUAGGCUCUGCUUCAAUUGCACAGGUUCACCGAGCAAGAUUGAGAGGUGAUAAGACUGAUGUUGUUGUCAAGGUGCAACAUCCUGGAGUUCAGGACCUAAUGAUGACAGAUAUUCGUAACUUGCAAGCUUUCGCUUUAUGCAUACAAAAGACAGAUAUCAAAUUUGAUCUAUACUCUGUAACUAAGGAAAUGGAGAAACAGAUUGGAUAUGAAUUUGACUUCAUGAGGGAGGCUAAUGCUAUGGAAAAAAUUAGACGUUUUUUGUAUGAGAAUAACAAAAAGAGUCCUGUUUUGGUGCCAAGACUGAUGCAAGAUAUAGUCACUAGGAGAGUCUUAGUUAUGGAAUAUAUCGAUGGAGUUCCAAUCCUGAAUCUUGGUGCUGAAAUUGCGAAAAGAGGAAUAAAUCCUGGUGGUAAGAUUGCAGAGGCCGCAAAGCAGAAAAUCCUCCAAAGUUUGACACUAGCGUAUGGACAAAUGAUUUUGAAGUCAGGUUUCUUCCAUGCAGAUCCUCAUCCAGGAAAUAUCCUAAUCUGUAAAGGCUCAGAGAUUGCGUUGCUGGACUAUGGCCAAGUGAAAGAUCUACCAGAUGAGUUGAGACUUGGUUAUGCAAACCUUGUUCUCGCCAUUGCUGAUGGUGACCCUAUUAGAGCAUGCGAGAGCUACAGGGAGCUUGGCAUAGGAACCUUAAGCAAAUGUGAAAAUGAACAGUAUGAAUUGUUCAAGUUGGCAGAGACAAUGUUUGACACGAAAUUACCCCCUGGAGUGACGAUGCUGCAGCCUUUUUCUGAGGGAUCUUCAAUUAAAAAAAUUGCAGUUGAGGCUUUCCCAGAAGAAUUGUUUUCUGUACUUCGGACAGUGCAUCUGCUGAGAGGACUUAGUGUUGGUUUGGGAAUCAACUACUCAUGUGCAGAACAAUGGAGGCCCAUUGCAGAAGAAGCUUUGUUUCGUGCUGGGAGGUUAACAGGUAAGGCUGUCAAGGCUAGAGGUCGCAGGCGGGGGUUUAUCAAGGUUAUUUUGGAGAGACUGAUUAUCUUGUAA